GCGAGCGCGGGGCGGGUGUCAGCUGGCGCCGGGCCUGAGCGCACGGCCGAGCCGCGACCACCGGACACCGCCGGACACCCCGGGAGCUGGUGCCGCGAUCGCCCUGCCAGGCCUGGGCCCGGCCGAAGCAAGCAGUAGGUCGCGGGGUCUGGACCGAAGAGAACAAGGAACGAAGACUCCAUCUCAUCUUGGAGGGGCUUAAAAGCGGGAAGGAGAGUGGGGACUUCACCUGGGCCUGGGCAGAGGUGCCCGCAGCCUCCUAGGCCAGGCUUGAGCCCCGGAGAGCCCGGCACCCAGCAGCGUGGCCUGGGUUCUGCCCUGGCUGAGCCAGGGACACGGCAUAGCUCCUGGACCUUGGCUGGCACAGGCCUGCCACAGAAGCAGUGCCCUCACCUGUCUGAGGCGGGCCCCAGGAUCUGGGGAACUGGGAUCCGGCCUGGCCCACAGGGGGACUCUGGUGGCCCAGAGCUGGUCACUGGGGAGCCGUCCUCCUGCCCCAGACCCACUGGUACGGAUGUGUCGCUGCCCGCUGGAGCACCAUGACGGCAGGAUGACCUCAGCCGAGGCAGUGGCAGUGGCUAGUGGUGCUCGGGUGGCUGGGUCCCCUGAGUGGCCCCCUGACACCCCCCGGACCCUUGGGCAGCCUGGCCGGGCCCGGGUGGCAGUGGCAGCACUGGUGUGGCUGCUAGCGGGAGCCAGCAUGUCGAGCCUCAACAAGUGGAUCUUCACCGUGCAUGGCUUCGGUCGGCCCCUGCUGCUCUCAGCACUGCACAUGCUGGCAGCAGCACUGGCAUGCCACUGGGGGGCACAGCGCCCCAUGCCCAGCCGUACUCGCCGCCAAGUGCUGCUGCUCAGCCUCACCUUCGGCACCUCGAUGGCCUGUGGUAACGUGGGCCUGAGCGCGGUGCCCCUGGACCUGGCACAGCUGGCCACCACUACCACACCACUGAUCACACUGGCCCUGUCAGCCUUGCUGCUCGGCCGUCGCCACCACCCGCUACAAUUUGCCGCCAUGGGUCCACUCUGCCUGGGGGCUGCCUGCAGCCUGGCUGGGGAGCUCCGGACACCUCCUGCUGGCUGUGGCUUCCUGCUGGCUGCUACCUGCCUCCGUGGCCUCAAGUCCAUUCAGCAGAGUGCCCUGUUGCAGGAGGAGAGGCUGGACGCGGUGACCCUGCUGUACGCCACCUCGCUGCCCAGCUUCUGCCUGCUGGCGGGUGCGGCCCUGGUGCUGGAGGCCGGAGUGGCACCCCCGCCCACUCCCACCAACUCCCACCUCUGGGCCUGCAUCCUGCUCAGCUGCCUCCUGUCCGUGCUCUACAAUUUGGCCAGCUUCUCUCUGCUGGCUCUCACCUCUGCCCUCACCGUCCACGUCCUGGGCAACCUCACUGUCGUGGGCAACCUCGUCCUGUCCCGACUCCUAUUUGGCAGCCGCCUCAGUGCUCUCAGCUACGUGGGCAUUGCACUCACCCUUUCAGGAAUGUUCCUUUACCACAACUGCGAGUUCGUGGCCUCCUGGGCUGCCCGCCGGCACCCCUGGCGGAGGGACCAGACUGGCAAAGGUCUUUGAGACCUAGGGGAACACCUGGGUUCCCUGGGACGGACCCUAGCCUGAAUCCAACGUUGGCCAGUGGCCAUGGGAAAAGUAGAGAGCCGGCAGCCACUGGAGCCAAGGGAGAGAGAGGGGCCUUCUGGAAAGGCCACCUUGGAGGCUCUGCCUCCCAGAGAGAACCAUUUCCUGUCCCUGCCUGCCUCUCCUCACAGACCUCACUCACCACUGGAUGGUGGGUCCAGACCUGGCACAAUCACUGUGCUUGUCGGACUGAUUAUUAUGAUUAGCAUCAACUACUACUCCAAAAAUUGCUGGCCAAACUUUGAAAACCUCACCAUGUUCUGAUGACGACGAUGAUUCUUGGCGAUUGCACAAUCCUUCCUCCAGGAAGUGGGGGAGGCAGCUAGGGGGCCCCAGGAAGGGCUUCUUUGUUGCUGGGAUCCCCUGGGGAGUGGGGUCAUCUGUGCCAACUCUAGGCAGCUGCUGUAGCCUCACCCUUGGGCCCCCCAAUUUUGGGUCUUCCAUCCUCAAAUAAACUAUUUUUGCUUGUA